UCCCCUCGCCCCGGAAGCGGAAGUGGGGUCCCGCGUGCGGGGCGGGGGGUCGGAGGCGCGAUGGGGUCCGAGCCGGGGGGCUGCGCCCUGCGCCGCUUCUCCUGCGAGCUCGGCCCGCUCGGCCGCCCCGACGGCUCCGCCGCCUUCCUGCAGGGGGACACCUCGGUCCUCGCCGGCCUGUACGGCCCGGCCGAGGUGAAGGUCAGCAAGGAGCUGUACGACAAGGCCACGGUGGAAGUGAUGCUCAAACCCAAAGUGGGGCUCCCGGGUGUCUUCGAAAAGAACCGGGAGCAGCUGAUCAGGAAGACGUGUGAGGCAGUUAUCCUGGGCGCCCUGCACCCCCGAACCUCCAUCUCCAUCGUGCUGCAGGUGAUCAGCGACGCGGGCGCCCUGCUGGCCUGCUGCCUGAACGCGGCCUGCAUGGGGCUGAUGGACGCUGGCCUGCCCAUGAAGUCGCUCUUCUGUGGGGUGACAUGCGCCCUGGACGCCACCGGGGCCAUCACCCUCGACCCCACGGCCAAGCAGGAGAAGGAGGCUCGGGCCGUGCUGACCGUCGCCAUCAGCAGCGUGGAGCGGCAGGUGCUCAUGUGCACCACCAAGGGGACCUGCUCGGUGGAGGAGCUGCAGCAGUGUAUCGUGGCCGCCCAGCGGGCCAGCGGCGCCAUCUUCCACUUCUACCGGGACUCCGUCCGCAGGAAAUACUCCAAGACGUGAGGCUCGGCCGCCCGCGGCCCCGGUCCCUGCCGAGCGGGGACCCCAGCUGGUGGCCUUGAUCACCCCAAAGCCGGCGUUCGCCGCGGUGAACUCUGUGCCUCGUGCCCAUUAAAAAGGGGGCGUCCGCCCGUGUGUCCA